AUGGGAGAAAUUAACGCAGGAGAGCUGAAUACUUACAUAACUGUUAGUCCACAGAAUAGCGUAUUAGUCGUCAGAGAUGUCAGGUUUCGGCUGGUCAUUACAUUGCCGAGAGAUCAGCACGACUUACGCUCUUCGAGGUUCUACAUUAUUGUACGCUCCAGAGGUGGGAAUGCAGAGAACAACACCUUCGGCAACCUGUAUUUUAGACAAGACCAGCCUCACAUUGAUUUAUUUGUGUUUUUCUCCGUGUUUUUCUCUUGCUUUUUCCUGUUUCUGGCAAUAUGCGUCAUGCUGUGGAAAAUGAAGCAAACAUUCGAUGCCCGGAGAUCACGGCAGAUGAGAGAGCGAGAAAUGGAAUGUAUGGCGUCACGACCAUUCGCUAGAAUUCUGGUGCUGGUCGAACAUGAAGAGCAGGCGUAUUUCUCACUCUCAUCUGGUCUCGUCCGGCCAAGAUCUCGCCUCGGUCGCCAGCAAAACCGAAACCAGUAUUAUAAUAACAAUGACAUAAAUGCUAUGUCAAUGUUACCGGCACCGAGAGAGCUUGGAGUUUUGCCCAUUGCCAUCGAACCUACAGAUGAUGGCAUGGCUGCGGUUGGCACCGUCUUAUUCCAGUUACCCGGUGGUGCCACCGCCCCGUCACAUUUGUGUCUGGGGUCGGCUCUCACAACCAGAAUUAUCACCCCAGCCAUGAACCAGAAGUCAACAACUUUGCGGCGGAGGACCAGUGCCUCGUCGUGUUAA